CGCUGUGUAGACUGUUAUCAGCUUAUGCAGUACAGGCCCAACUUUGAUGGGGGUUUUUGUUAACUUCUGUUAUCAUUAUUAAGUCCACUGAUAUAGUUGCUGAUUUCCAUUUUUGGGAGUCGUAAACGCGGAGUCAAAAACCAACGAACCCAAAGCAAAAGGGGUAAUAACCGACGAUAACCGAUGAUAAAGUUUUAAGCACUAGAAAUUGAUAAAUAUUUACGCAGUUGCCAAGUGAGAUCUGUGAAACGGAGGCAAUCGUUUCCUCUAGACGCUUCACGAGCCUGUUUGUUUACAAACAAAAAAAUCUCACCCAUAAUUUGCACAAUCGCCUUUAUUGGCAUUCGAUCUACUUCACAUAUGCAUAUGUUUACUUAUAUGCAUAUAGUACAUCCCGAAUGCUUCCGAUUCUCGAUCAUGGCAUUAUCUGCGAUCGUUCCAAGCUGAGUUGCCAGUUCAAGUGGCCAGCUCAGUCGGUUGGGAAGCCUGGAGCUGAGCAGAGCCCGGCCAAGUCAAGCAUAUGUAUCUAGAUCGCCAGCUGGAUAAACACGCUGUCAUCUAAACAGUUGGCCCAAUGUUUACUCGUGCGGGGAAAGCACCGCAGCUAUGGGGCUACAAAUGAAAGGGGUGUAUUGCCGAGAAGGUCGUUUUUUAUAAUUUUCAAGAUCGCCGUUUUGGGCCAGUAAACGGGGACUUUUCUGCAGCUAUCUCAAGUGUGCUCGUCAAGCAAAAGCAAGUUCAAGAAAAGCAAAAAUCGUAUGAAGCCCUGUUCGGUGCGAAGGUGUUAUAACGCCAAAUCGUGUGUAUUAUCAGAUAUGCCACGGCGCAGUUACAGCACACACAAAUGGAGAAAUUGUGCGAGCCCAGGAAAAAACCCCCCGAUCACAACCCGUAACCCAUCAAAACUGUUACCACCUGCAGCCACUAUCUAGCACGCGUCUAAUACCGGUACUAAAGCCCCACCGACAAAAAAAUCACCGAUGCCAGAUGUUUUAUCUUUCAUUAAGAUCGAGGCGUUGCUUUGUUGUUUUUCAUGUUCUGGAUCGAAAUAAAUGAAUGUUCUGACAGAUACUUUAACCAUUUUGAUGAUGGGGUUUUAAAGGCAUUAAGAUUUCAUAUGUGUCAGAUAACAAGAUAAUACAUUUAUUAUCAAUGUCAAAUAAUUAAAUUACCCAAUGCAAUUAUAAACAAAAUCAUAUCAUCACUAAUAGUUUGUAAAGUAAAUAUAUAAGAGAGCUAUAUAGGGCAGAACUUGUGAUCUGUAGAUAUAGAUUUUAAGUACACUCUUAAGAACCACCCUAACAUAUGAUAUUAACCAUUCACACAGAUUGUUAUAAACAAAAAGAACCCAUCUCUAUUUAAGUUUUGUUGAAGUGAGCUUUUCUUGGUGCUUAUUUCAUAAGUAAACAAAUAUAAAGCGCUCCCAUAACGAAAUCAUACUUUAAUAAAGUGUGUACCACACUCGCCAAUCGGUAGUAAAAAUAUAAACAAUUAUGAAUAAUAACUCGAAUGUUUUGACUAUUGGCACCGAGAGCACUGGAGAUUUAGAAAGCACAAAAGCACGUAAAGAGUACUCUGUGUCUGAUUUGGAGAAGCACUUGCAGAAAAUUCUACUCAAUGGCGGCAAACCAUUAGCAAAUGUUUGUGAUGAAGAAUCAGUCAGAUCAUUUUCGGCGAAAGAAAUCAAGAAGAACGGAUACUACUACGAGUUCGGUCCGGCUGAUAAGAUAAAUGGCUGGAUGGUAAGCGGACCUGCUUUUGAUGCCAAGGGCAUUCUGGGACGAUUAAAGAAGGUGAUCGGCAAGGAGCACUGGAUAUCCGACAACGUUGCUAAGUAUCCAAAGGAUUCGAGGAACUUCAUAAUCGAAACCGUUUUCAGCACUAUGGAUGAAGAAAGCUCAGAUAUUUACUCGUAUUUGUGUUAUCUAAACGAAAACACUAAGAGGAGGUGAACUUUAUAACAUCGUUUAUUUGCCAUUCGCCGUUGUUUAUAAACAAAAUCAGCCCAUCACUAAUUUAGAGCUUUUGAGGGAACUUUUACCCGAAAUGAUUUCAUUAGUAAAUAAAUAAAAGAACUGCACAC